AUGACGAUUGAUAAGUCUUGGAUUUCUUGGAGAAAACGCGGUAAAGAAUAUUGGGAGUGUCUACAAGUAUUUUUGGCGAUGGCUUCAAAUUAUAAAAAUUCUGAUGGGAAAAUUAGAUGUCCUUGUGUUAAGUGCUUAAAUACUCGAUUUGAGCCUUUAAACAUUAUGGAAGCGCAUGUAUUUGAUUGGGGUUUUGAUAAUGGUUAUCAAAAGUGGAUUUACCACGGGGAGUCAGAAACAGAAGUUGUUGCACAGACGGAAGUUGUUGAGUAUAUUUUAGAUGAUGAAGAUGACGAGAUGAUUCCCAUUGUUGAAGAUUUCAUUCGACCAACAACUGAAGAUGUUCAACGCAAUUCUGAUUCUUUUCAAUAUUACGACGAGUUAUUUGAAGAGAUUGAAGCUGAAUUGUAUCCUGGAUGCCAUUGGAUUUCUUCACUUAACUUUCUAGCAAAGUUAUUGCAUUUGAAAGUUCGUGGAAAAAUUCCUAUCGGCGUAUUUGAUGAAUUAUUAAAAUUAUUGAAUCUUGCUUUUCCGAAAGGAAAUAAAAUUCCAUCGACAUACUAUGAGGCUAAAAAGAGACUAAAAAAAUUAGGUUUAGGCUAUGAGUUUAUUCAUGUGUGCGAGCAUGAUUGUUGCUUGUUUUAUAAAGAGCAUGCCACUAAAGAUGCUUGUCCAAUUUGUGGAAAUAGUCGAUGGAUUAAUUCAACUAAAGCUAAUGGAAAAAGGGUGCCACGUAAGGUGUUGCGCUAUUUUCCAUUGACACCUCGGUUGAAAAGAUUAUAUGGUUCAAGACAUACUGCAAAACACAUGGUAUGGCAUCAUACUGGAAAAUCGAAGGAUGAACGAGUGAUGCGUCACCCGGUUGAUGGGAUUGCUUGGAAGGACUUUGAUGCUAAACAUCCUGAUUUUGCCAGUGAACCUAGAAAUAUUCGCUUAGGUUUAGCUGCUGAUGGCUUUAAUCCAUUUGGCAACAUGAGCCUAGCAUAUAGUAUGUGGCCUGUCGUGUUAGCAAACUAUAAUCUUCCACCUUGGAUGUGCAUGAAAGACAAUAAUUUCAUGUUGGCCCUACUAAUUCCUGGACCAAAAUCACCAGGAAAAGACAUGGAUGUUUUUCUAAGACCAUUGGUGGAUGAGCUGAAAGAGUUGUGGGUUGAUGGAGUUGAUACGAGAGAUUGUAGGACAAACACCGUGUUCAAGUUGCGUGCAGCCCUUUUAUGGACUAUUAAUGAUUUUCCUGCUCGAAGUAGUUUGUCUGGAUGGAGUGGUCAAGGAUACAAGGCUUGUCCAACAUGUAACGAAGACACUUCUUCGAUACGAGUGAUUGGUAAGACAUCAUAUGUAGGUCACAGAAGAUUCUUGCCCAGUAACCAUCGAUUUAGAAGGGACACCAACUUUGAUGGAGAAAUUGAAAGAAGACAUCCACCAAGACGUUUUACUUGUGAGGAAAUUCUCGAACAAGUAAACAAACUUGUGCCACAAGUUCCUGGAAAACAUGACCAAUUUGGUGGUGUAAAACGCAGACGAGUUGCAGAAGAUCAAAAUUGGAGGAAAAAAAGUAUCUUUUAUGAGCUUGAGUAUUGGUGGUCAAAUACUUUGAAACACAAUAUUGAUGUGAUGCAUGUUGAGAAGAAUGUGUGUGACAGUCUGUUGGGCACAAUCUUGGACAAUGAGAAAUCAAAGGACACAACUAACGCAAGACAUGAUUUGAAGAAAUUAGGAAUAAGGGAAUGGAUGUGGAUUUAUGAAGAUGAUAAUGGCAAGUUAAUGAAGCCACACGCCCCUUACGUCCUCAAAGCUGAUGAAAAAUUGAAAUUUUGUCAAUUUAUCAAGGAUGUGAAGUUUCCUGAUGGAUUUUGCUCAAAUUUGAAGAAGAAAGUGAACAAUGAUUUAUCAAAUGUUCUUGGAUUGAAGUCUCACGAUUGUCAUGUAAUUAUACAAAGAUUAUUGGCAAUUGGUGUUCGUAAGUUUCUCCCUAAAGAUGUAUCGACAACUAUUGCUGAAUUAUGCAACUUUUUCAGGCAAAAUUAUGUUGGAAAUAAAGCUCGUCCUGAAGGGUCAAUAGCUGAAAGCUAUGUUGCAGAUGAGGCAUUGACAUUCUGCUCUAUGUAUUUUAAGGGGGUAGAAACCAAGUUUAACCGACUUAAUCGCAACGAAGAUGAAGUGAUUCCUAGAAAUCUUACCGUCUUCCAAUCACAAUGUCGUCCCUUAACAAGAUCAAAUAUCAUGCCUCUAGACAGAAAGACUCGUGAAAAGGCUGAGUGGUUCAUCUUUGACAAUUCACCUGAAAUCAGACCAUAUUUAGAUGAACACUUAGAAGAGAUAAAACUUCAGUACCCAGAUGGAGAUCAUAACAUUUUACACAAAAAAAUUUUCCAGCGAUGGUUUCAUAAGAAGAUAUAUGAUUUACACAAGCUUGGAUCAUUGGAGAAUGGUGAAGAGUUGCUAGCUUUAGCAUGUGGGUCAGAUCACUUAGUAACAUAUUAUGAAGGGGUUUUAGUGAAUGGUGUUCGUUACAUGGUAGCUGAACGUGAUAAGAAGCGUACUACUCAGAAUAGCGGUGUCUCCGUGGCGGGAACAGAAGGAUUCAAUUAUUAUGGAACCUUAGAAGAUGUGAUGAUGUUCACUUUUUGUGGUGUGUAUUCAGUGACAUUAUUUCGGUGUAAAUGGUUCAAUACCAAUCCACAGAGGAAGAAAACAAUCAUUGAGAAUAACAUCAUUAGUAUCAAUGUUAGUGGUGAAUGGUACAAAGAUGAUCCAUUUAUACUUGCUACCCAAGCUAAGCAAGUAUUUUACCUCGAUGAUUUGCUUAGAGGUAGACAUUGGAAAAUAGUCGAGAAUGUAAACCACCGGCAAAUUUGGGACAUUGAGCAGGAUGAAGAUGAUGAAGAUGUUGUACAUGAUUUAAGCUCAUCAAAUUUUCAGUUGACUGUGGAUCUAGGAGAGUUAAUUUUGCAACCUUCUGAAGUGGCGACAAUAAUUGAUACUGCACAAAAUUUGAAUCUAAAUCAGGCUGAUGAAAAUGAUGUGGAUGGUGACGCUGAUAACGUAAUAGAUGACGAAGGUGACGAGUUGCUAAUUGAUCGAUGUGAAGACGAUAUUGUUUCUGAAAAUGAUGAGUGUGAUAGUGACUAUUAG